GGCGGGAAUGGAGAAAAUAAAUUUCUCGGGAGGAGAACCGUUUCUUCAGGACAGAGGCGAAUUUGUAGGCAAACUGGUCCAGUUUUGCAAGCAGGAGCUGAAGCUGCCAAGUGUCAGCAUUGUUAGCAACGGCAGCCUGAUCAGGGAACGGUGGUUCAAGAAGUACGGUGAAUAUUUAGACAUUCUGGCAAUUUCAUGUGAUAGUUUUGAUGAGAAUGUCAAUGUUUUAAUUGGCCGUGGUCAAGGAAAGAAGAACCACGUGGAAAACCUGCAUAAACUGAGACAGUGGUGCCGAGAGUAUGCUGUUGCUUUCAAAAUAAAUUCAGUGAUCAACAGAUUUAAUGUUGAGGAAGAUAUGAAUGAGCAGAUCAAGGCACUCAACCCUGUGCGCUGGAAGGUAUUCCAGUGCCUGCUCAUCGAAGGGGAGAACAGUGGUGAGGAUGCCCUGAGAGAAGCAGAGAAAUUUGUUAUCAGCGAUGAAGACUUUGAACAAUUCCUGGAUCGCCACAAAGAUAUCUCCUGUUUGGUACCGGAAUCUAAUCAGAAGAUGAGGGAUUCAUACCUCAUUCUGGAUGAAUACAUGCGUUUUCUAAACUGUAGAAAUGGACGGAAAGAGCCUUCCAAGUCUAUCCUAGAUGUUGGCGUAGAAGCAGCUAUAAAAUUCAGUGGAUUUGAUGAGAAGAUGUUCCUAAGAAGAGGAGGAAAGUAUGUGUGGAGUAAAGCAGACAUGAAACUGGACUGGUAACUCAAUAUACUG